CUGUGGUUCGGAGAUACUCUGCAGUUUUGGGAGGGACAUGUCAGGAUAAUAAAAUCCACUUGUACAAGUUCAACUAGGACGAUAGGGGUUCUAAUGUGUCCUUGUGUCACGCCAUCAUGGACAAGAGGCUGAAGAUUUGUUUGAUGUUUCUAGCUACGGUGACUGUCAGCGUGUUUGGGCAGGAAAUCCGACUAGUGUCCCCACUGGACAAUGGAGUUGGGAGACUUGAGGUGUACUAUAAAGGCACCUGGGGCACUGUGUGUGACGAUGACUUUGGUGCUGAUGAAGCUAAAGUGGCCUGCAAACAACUAGCACGAUACAAAAGCGGACUUAAACCGAGGGCGAUUCAAGGUUUCGGUUUUGGAGGAGGGAGGAUUUGGUUGGAUCAAGUGAAUUGCAGCGGAGCCGAAUCAUCUUUGGCCAAAUGUUCACAAUCCAUGGGGCGACAACAAUUGUUACCAUAGUAAAGAUGUUGGCAUCAUAUGUGAUCCAAGUGACAUAACGAUGAAGCUGACACCGAACUACAAAAGGGGUCUCCUAGAGGUAUUCCACUCUGGUAGCUGGGGCACAGUGUGUGAUGAUAGCUUCGGACAAGUAGAAGCUUCAGUUGUGUGCAGGGCUCUGGGGUACCAAGGAGGGAAGGUAUUCAAUGAAAGGAGUUCCAAUAAAAUGUGGCUGGAUGACGUCCAGUGCACGCUGUUGAACACGGAUCUAAAGGACUGCAAACACCAGCCAUGGGGGAUGGAUGACUGUGGCGAUUCAGAGGCUGUUGGUGUCGAGUGUUUUUCAUUUCCUGAAGAGGCUACAGCGGCAAGACUUUUCUCGCCCACCAACGCGCCAGGAGAAGGAGUUCUGGAGCUGUUCUAUAGAGGACGGUGGGGAAGAGUUCAUUACUCUGGGUUCGGAGUUGAAGAGGCAAAAGUUGCCUGCAGAAUGUUGGGACACAGCACCAUUGCAGCCAAAGCCAGGUCAUCUUCAAACACCGGCAGCGACUCACGAAGUGAUAUUGUAGAAAAGGUCCAUUGUCUUGGCACUGAACUCACUCUGAACGAAUGUCUUCAUUACCCUUGGGUUAAGGGUGACUCGUCAUCAAGAGUUGUCCGAAUACAGUGUCCAAACGCUAAUCUUCAAAUACGCUUGAACUCGACAACCCCUGGACGGGGACGGGGACGGGUAGAAGUACGCCACAACAAUGUCUGGGGAACAGUCUGUAGAGGGUCGUCGUUUUCCUCAGAGGAGGCACAAGUUGUGUGCAAAAUGGCAAAUCUGCCCUGGACAACAGCCUAUACGACAACAUAUUAUGGGUUUUGGAGAAGACUUGUUUGGCUGAGUAACGUCGACUGUACGGGGACCGAGACCUCCCUAGACGAGUGUUCCCACUCAGGUUGGGGAACAGCACCAAGCUGUUCUCAUAAUAAAGAUGUCGGCGUGAAAGGAACAACGCCAUCCUUCAAUGCCUACGGACUCCGGAGCAGCUCCCAAAUAGAUAGAACAAGGUCAAGUCAGGCCCAGUACUUCCCCACCAGCUGUUCCACAACCUCGACCCUGAGAGCCAACGGCAACCAUCAGACCCACAACUCCCCCGCCAGCUGUUCCACAAGUUUCACCCACAAUGGCCUUCAAGAUCAAACACCUGGGAGUUGA